AUGCAAGCUUCAUCCUCGACAACUAACACAUCGAUCGACGACGAUUUUGAACAUCAAGCACAGGUUUAUCAAGAGCUUGAGGAAUAUUGGCGUGGUGUUGUUGAAUUCUCUGCCACGUAUCUCCGCUCCGGGUUUAUGGUCGUGGGUAGCUUCCCCGAUGAUAUUAUCCCGAAAAACCUGUCUUCCCCGGUCAAUGGGACCAUUAUUUUACAGGCUUGGGAGGAGAGGAAGAAAGGUCGCUAUACUAUGACCACCUUCGACAUGUCAAACACUCUUCAUCUCAUAAUGGCAUCCGCUGCUGGGUGUCUCGCACUCAAAGAUUUCGACAAGGAAGGGAUAAUCUACAAUGAGGGUGUGAAGGUUCGCCUGGAGUCCGACCACGACGACGAUGCCAAAAAGAAGUUUAUGGUAGCCUGA